AUGGAGACUAAAGUUGCACGUGAUCAUGCAGAGCGUUUUCGAGUUAAGAUUGGUUAUGAGGGGCUUUUCUAUGUUGAUAGUGAUGGUUUAAGCGGUGGUAUAGCGUUAUUGUGGAAAAGGAAUACAACGGCCCGGCUGCUAAGUUACUCAACGAACUAUGUUGAUGUUGUGGUAACUAUUGCUGGCUUUCCGGAGUGGCGAAUGACAGGCUAUUAUGGUUACCCUGAACGAACAAGGCGCACUGAGUCAUGGGAUCUUUUGAGAACGUUAUCGGGUCGGUCAAACCUCCUAUGGGUUGUCAUUGGAGAUUUUAAUGACUUACUAUAUCAGAAUGAGAAGAGAGGAGGGAAUCCGCAUCCGAAUAGCCUUCUACGUGGUUUUGGGGAGGCCGUUGAGGACUGUGGGCUUGCUCAGUUGCCUAUGAAUGGAUAUCCGUACACAUGGGAGAAGGGGAAGGGGACUGAAAACUGGAUGGAGGAGAAGCUCGAUAAGGUACUGGUAACGAAUGAGUGGCGGGGCAUAGUGACAGGGGCCAGGGUGAUGAAUCUGAGAACCCGAAAAUCUGAUCAUUCGGCUCUCUUUCUGGGGAUCCAUGAGUCUGUUGGGAGAAUGGGACCUGAGCAGUCUUGGCAAGAGGGGAGGGGGCAGGGUUUACAGAGCUGUAUUCAGUACUGUGGGAAUUGGUUAACACGUUGGGGUGGAGAUCGGUACCACAAGUAUGGAAAACGAAUUAGUGAGCUGACAAGAGAACAACAGCGACUCAGGGGACGCACCGACCCGGCCUCGCUCGCAGAGUUUCAGCGCCUAGAACAACUGCUAAGUCGUACUGAAGUUCAGGAGGAUGCCUAUUGGAGACAGAGGGCCAAGCAACACUGGCUGAAGGAGGCGGACUCUAAUACGAAGUUUUUUCACAGGGGGGAUGUGGCGAGUUUUAUAAUAAAUUGUGUUGAAUCCUGUGAUUUCCCGCCUGGUUUGACUGAAAUCGAUGUUGUAUUGAUCCCUAAGAAGAACACCCCGGAAUAUGUGACUGACUUGCGCCCUAUAGCUCUCAGUAAUGUGAUUUAUAGGAUUAUGGCAAAAAUGCUGGCUAACAGAAUGAAGCCGUUAAUGGAGGAUGUAAUCGCUGAGUCACAAAGUGCUUUUAUCCCGGAUAGGCUGAUUACGGAUAAUAUACUUUUAGCUGCGGAAGUGGGGCAUUUUUUGAACAGGAAACAAUGCGGAGUGGGGGGAUGGAGUGCUCUCAAAUUGGACAUGGCAAAGGCAUAUGAUCGUGUAGAAUGGUCAUUCCUUCGUAAAAUGAUGCUGGCUUUGGGCUUUCAUGGUGGCUGGGUGGAAUUGAUUAUGAAGUGUGUGACAUCAGUUUCAUAUAAUAUUCAGGCGGUUAAUUAUCACAAGUCAAGUAUAUGCUAUAGUAGAAAUACAAGUAGUGUUGACAGGAACAAUGUGGCUCAGAUACUGGGAGUGACGCAGGCCCCGAAUUUUGGCAAGUAUUUGGGACUCCCCUCCUUUGUUGGACGACACAAGAAAGCAGUUUUUGCAUAUGUUGAGGAUAAAAUCAGGCAAAGAAUUGGCUCAUGGAAUAAGAAAUUGUUAUCGCAGGCAGGUAAGGAGAUUUUAUUGAAAACGGUGGCACAAUCAAUGCCCACGUUUUCAAUGAGUGUUUUCUUGCUACCCAUAUCAAUGUGCACGGCGGUGGAAAGAACUAUGAAUCGGUAUUGGUGGGAUUCUGGAACUGACAGACGAAUCCAUUGGAAGGCAUGGGACAAGUUGUGUGUCCCUAAGAAGUAUGGGGGUUUGGGGUUUAAGGAUCUGCGUGCGUUUAAUUUAGCAAUGCUGGGAAAACAGGCAUGGCGAAUGUUGACUAAACCUGAAUCUCUAGUGGCACGGGUGUAUAAGGCUCGUUAUUUCCCGAAAGGAACGUUCUUUGAUGCACAAAUGGGAAAUAAUCCCAGCUUCUGCUGGCGAAGCAUCAUGGCAGCAAAGAGUAUAGUUUGUGGUGGGGUCAGGCGCAGAAUUGGUAACGGGGAGACUACACUUAUAUGGACCCACCCCUGGUUACUAGAUGAGAAUGACCCUAUGAUACAAACGGAAAUGCCAGUACAGUUGCAGGAAGCCAGAGUGGCAGGUUUGAUUGAUCAACAGACGGGUACUUGGGAUCCCUCAAUCUUAACAGAUUUAUUCCAACCUGAUGAUGUGGCGAAUAUUAUGAGAAUACCCAUCUCCCUGGAUUAUGAUGAUGCCUGGUACUGGCAUGGGGACCCAAGAGAAGUUCUAGACUCUGAUGGAAUGUUAUAUGCAGCAGCAAUUCUUUACAAUAUAUGGAGAGCAAGGAACCAGGCGGUUUGGGAGGCGAUGUUACCGCGCCCGGAGACUGUGCUAAGAAGCGCCGCUACCGCCAAGCUAGCGUGGACACGGGCACAUCCACUGCCCAUGACCCGUGCCACCCAGCUGCUACCCGAGCCGACCCUGCUGCAGGAGAAUGCCGAACUGCAUGGCACCGAAGCUUAUGCUGCCGAACCGCCACAUGGACUGCCGAGGAGAAUUUGUCGAGUGGAUGAGGGUUUUAUGCAAGAAACAAGCCGUGCUGCGGUUGGGGCAGUCCUACUCGACACGGAAGGGGGUUAUGUCUCGGCGUACACCGCACCACUCCGGAAUUGCUCCUCACCACUUAUGGCUGAGGCGCUGGCAUGUAAAGAGGCUCUAUCAUGGUUGAAGGAUCGGGGAGAACAGAAUGUUGAGAUAUACACAGAUUGUUUGACACUGCACCGCUAUCUUACUACACCAACCGUUGGGUUGCGUACGUAUCUAGGCUAUGCCAUUGACAGUUGCAGACAUAUUGCAUCUUUAUUUCAGUCUUGUUCGUUUUGUUUUAGUCCUAGAUUAGACAAUUAUCUAGCUCAUGCUUUAGCUACUACGGCUUAUCAACAGUCCGUUCCUAUGUAUUGGGAUUUACUCCCACCUGAUAUUAUUUCGGCCUACUUUUAA